AUGCGUGACGCGGCACCAGUGGAGCGCGGGCGGCUGCCGGGUCCGGCAGAUGGCGGCGUGGACAGCCUGCACGAGGAUGGCGCUGAGGAGGAGAUGGCGAGGCGGAGGAGCACCGUCAGCACCACAGCGUUGUUUCUAGCACUUCCGUGGCUUGGCUGCACGCUGUGCCUGGUCGGUGUUCUCCUCUACGUGAACGUCCACACCUUCUCCGUGUGGCGCAGAUUGACGUCGAUGCCGGGCGGCGCCGCUGCCGAGGUCUCCGUGCGCCACCGCGACACGGCCCGCUACACUGUCCUCAGCGUGAGCCUUGUCAUCCUUGCGGUGCACUUGGCAGUUUCGUUCUGUCUCUUCCGCCGCGCCUAUCACAUCCUGUGGGAUGUGCAGAUGUCCCUCGUGGAGCUGUCCUUCAUGGUGGACAUGAUCUGCACGCACCAGCACAACACCUUCUUCUUCGUGGACUGCGUGGAGCGUGCGCGGCGCGUGCGGGAAUCGCUGCGGUACUGGGUGAAGGAGUUUUCCAGUUUCACGGAGAUCUGCGCCGCGGAGAUGGCCGUGAACCGAGUGACACUGCGGCUCAUGACCCGCCCCAGGGAGAGCGCACCGCGACUGGAGUCGCCCGGUGACACGCACCUGCCGUGUAUCGGCUCGGCGAUGUCCUCGCCUGCGCAGCCGGCUCGCGCUGGCCGCCUGCCACCUGACACCAAGGCGGCCGCCUUCCGGUCUCCUCAGGAUGCGGUGUGGUCGCCGCACGCGCAGUCGAUGCGCACGGACAGCGCCCAGGCCGAUCCUGGCCCCGGCCGUCAGCUGGCCGGCCACCACAGCGGCUCUCACCGCUCACUGUCGGUUACCACCGAGGUCAGCAUCACGCAGGCGCCUUUCCAAGUGACGCUCAAGCGGCGCCACGUCGCGCUUCUUCUUCUCAGCUUUCUCACGUACCGGGAGCUCGUGCGUGCGGAGGCGGAGGCGGCGCGGCAGAUCUCCCGCGACUUCAUCGCGGCCGUCAACAUGUGCGCUCAGAAGUACGAGGGGUGCAUCGUCGAGCUGUACAGCGACCGUGCCAUCCUGUCAUGGAACGCGUUCUUCGAGUCUGGCGACAGCUACGCCCAGGCAUGCGUGCAGUGCGGGGAGUGCUUCCAUGAUAGGUUUGUGCGCAGAUUCUCUCCGGAGAGCGGCGCGUACUUCAGCACUGCCGGCUACAUGGGUCACAUUGUCUGCGGCACCACGACGGAGAAGUCGCUCCUGCUUCAUGGUCAGCCCGUCUCGAUGCUGCGCCAGCUCCCGAUGCUGCUCGAGAUGCGCUACUGUGCAUAUGUGUGGCUCGGCACCCCGCCGCCGGCGUGCACGAGUUCGCCGCUGUCGUGGACGCGGAUUGGUGCCGUGCGGAUCGGCGCCGAAUUCUCUGUUGAUCUGCACGCCAUGCGGCGCACAUCGACGGAGCCACUGCCGGCCGCCAUGGUGUGGCGCAUGCCCCAGUGGACGACCUUCGGCGACGAGCGCGCCGCGCAGCUGCCGCAGGGCGGGGACACCGCGCCUGCGCCGUCCGCGAGCACCGCUGCUGCCGCUGCCACCGGCGUCCCUGCUGUUCUCGCCAGCCCUCCAUCCCUUUUCUCUCCGCUGUGCAGCCGCGGCGUUGGGGCGCCGUACGAGACGUUUUAUGACCGCAGCCACAAUCGAUACCAGCUGUCCAACGCGGUGCUUGGGGAGUCCAAGUCUUGCGUCGUGCGCCUCGCCAUCUCGGAGACUGGCAACUUUGUGGCUGUGAAAGAGAUCCGGAUCGAACGCGGAGACGUCAAGCCCAUUCGCCGGCGCCGCUACCAGCGCGAAAGUCGGAUCGUCGUGGCGCGGGGCGAGAAGCCGCAGUGGAUGAACGAGGUGGAAAUUAUGGAGCGGCACCGGCACACGUGCAUCGUUGCCUACAUCUCUUUCGUGGAGGCGGAGGACAGGCUGCGCAUUGUCAUGGAGUACGCCGGCGGCGGCAACUUGCUGAAAUUCGCGUCCUCCCAGCGGCACACGGAGGGGGAGGGUCCGCCAAUGGCAGUGCUGCUGCGCAACGUCGUAGAGGGACUGAAGUUUCUGCAUCAGAAGGGGAUCGUACACGGCGACAUCAAGCCACAGAAUGUGUUGGUGCCGGACUCCGGGCCGUGCAAGAUCGCGGACUUUGGCAUCUCUCGUAGGGCCACCACUACCGCCACCAGUGCAAUCGAAGGAACGCCGUUCUACAUGGCGCCCGAGGCGACGCGCGGGGAGGUCACCGCGGCGUGCGACAUUUGGAGCUUUGGCAUCAUGAUGGCGCAGGUGCUCACCGGCCGCUUGCCGUACGACGCGUCCGUGCGCGACUACUACUUGGUAAGCCAGUUCAUGUGCAACAAGGACGUGGAGCGGGAGCUGCACACGCCGCUGGAGAAAGCCGCCCUCGACGUCUUCCUCGCGUGCACCCAGUACGAUGCAGCGAAGCGCAAAACGGCAAAGGCGCUGCUGAAGAUGCCGUACUUCACCACCCACGCUGCGGGGAGCACCGAGGAUGCGUAG